AUUGUAGGUACAAGAGCCUCUUCUUUCAAUUUGAGAACAAAACAAUAUAUAAAAUGGUGGCAAAGUGUAGUAACUGUGCUUUACUGAUUAUAGCAGUGGUGCUUUUGUUUUCUACCACAGGCUCUUAUAGGAUAUUCCCACCAAAUGCACCCAACCUCACCACCGUGGAGCCGCCUUCCUCUUCCUUCAAUAAUUCGGAAAGACAGGCAUUGAUUCAGAGUGGCUGGUGGGGUAGUCAUCACGCCAUUGACCCAAACCAUUGCUAUUGGCGGGGCGUUAGCUGCGACGAUGCUGGAAGUGUUGUAGGGAUUUACGGAUGGGAAUUGAAUUACGAAUCCAAAUUAUUGCAGCUACAGACCUUGAACUUCACGGCCUUCCCCAAUUUGGUUUCUAUGAGUCUUGAUGGAAUGGGGCUUACCGGAAGCAUCCCCAAAGAAAUUGGUACUGUUACAAAGCUUUCUUAUCUUGUUUUGUCGAAUAAUAGUCUUCAUGGUAAACUGCCUCCAACACUUUCAAAUCUUACUCAGCUUGAGUUCCUUUAUGUUUCUUUUAAUUCUCUUAGUGGCAUCAUUCCUUCUACUUUUAGUCUAUUGGAGAAUUUGAUCGUUCUCGAGUUAGAUUCAAAUCAAAUUGAAGGUCCCAUACCACUACAAAUAGGGAAUUUGAGUAAUCUUAUAAAGUUGAAUCUUUCACACAAUUUACUCAAUGGUUCAAUUCCUUUUACCUUGGGACAAUCAAAGAAUUUGAUAUAUCUCAACUUAGAUUCAAAUCAAAUUGAAGGACAUAUACCAAUAGAAAUAGGAAAUUUGAAACAAUUACAAAUAUUAAAUCUUUCAAGUAACUAUCUCUCUGGUCAAAUACCUCUUCAAAUAGAAGCAUUGGUGUCUUUACAGGAGUUAUACAUAGACUUCAAUCAAAUAAAUGGUUCCAUUCCUUCGGAGUUUCAAAAUUUGAUCAAUUUACACACUUUGUAUCUUUCUCAUAAUAUGAUAUCUGGUGUUAUACCACCUAAGCUGUUUCAGCUCCCGAAUUUGGUCUCUCUUCAUCUUUCUAACAAUCAAUUAGGUAGAAACAUACCAUCAGAGAUAAGAAAUCUUGAUUUUCUCUGUGACGUAAACCUAUCUAAUAACAAGUUAGAAGGAUUGAUCCCAUCUCCAAUACUAAACUGUUUCAUGAGUUUUGGGAAAGUAGACUUCAGUAAUAAUUUGUUAAGUGGAAAUAUUCCUUCAAAAAUCGGUUAUGUUGAUAAACUUGACAUGAGUCACAAUCUUCUUAGUGGUAGCAUACCUUUUUUGUCCAUUAGUGAUAAUCCUUAUAUUCCUUGGAGAGAAUAUUCUUUAUCAAGUUUGGAUCUUAGCUAUAAUAAUCUCACGGGUAUCUUACCUGUAGAACUUACAACUAUACCUUAUAUAAAUUUGUCAUUUAACUUUUUUGAAUGUCCACAAGGCUGCAAAGGUUUUCAUGCAAAAUCAUUAAUUGGUAAUACUCCAAGGUCUGUCAAUUCUUCCGUUCAAGUUCAAAAAACCGAAAAACCAAGGAACCUAAUUGUAAUUGCUCUUCCCAUCACUUGUUGCUUUCUCUUUAUCAUUUUUGUGGGCAUAUUAUGUUAUAUUCGAUGCACCAAUAAAGUUAAAUUUGAACAAAGUUCAAAAAAGGAUGGAGACUUGUUUUCCAUAUGGAACUAUGAUGGGAAAAUUGCAUUUGAAGACAUCAUCGAAGCAACACAGGAUUUUGAUAUUAGACACUGCAUAGGAACUGGCGCUUAUGGCAGUGUGUACAAAGCCCAACUUCCAAGUGGCAAAAUUGUUGCAUUGAAGAAACUUCACCAAAGAGAGUCACAAAAUCCAUCUUUUGACAAGAGCUUCCGCAACGAGAUUAAGAUGUUAUCACAAAUUCGUCAUAGAAACAUUGUCAAGCUUCAUGGAUUUUGUCUCCACAAUCGGUGCAUGUUUUUGGUAUACGAAUACAUGGAACGAGGAAGCUUAUUUUAUGCCUUAAGCAUGGAUGAUGAUGAGGCUAAGGAGCUAAGUUGGAGCAAAAUGGUGAAUAUCAUUAGUGGAACAGCUAAUGCUUUGGCAUACAUGCAUCAUGACUGUUUCCCACCGAUAGUUCAUAGAGAUGUAACAAGCAACAACAUUUUGUUGAACUCAGAGUUGCAUGCUGUUGUCUCGGACUUCGGAACUGCUAGACUUCUUGAUCCUGAUUCUUCAAAUCAAACAUUACAAGUUGGAACGUAUGGAUACCUUGCACCAGAAUUGGCCUAUACAAUGACUGUGACAGAAAAGUGCGAUGUUUACAGCUUUGGAGUGGUGGCAUUGGAAACAUUAAUGGGAAGACAUCCAGGAGUUCUAAUAUUGUCAUUGUUCAACUCGUCUAACAAAUACAUAAUGAUAAAAGAUCUCUUGGAUUCACGCAUCCGCUUACCAUUAUGUCAAAGAGACACUCAAGCUAUAGUUCAAGUGCUGACAUUGGCAUUGGCAUGCUUGCGCUCUGAUCCAAAGUCAAGACCAUCAAUGCAGCAAGUGGCAUAUGAACUUUCUAAUUUUGAACAAUCAUCAUUGUCUUUGUCCUUUUCUGAAAUCUCAGUUUUUCAGUUGAUAGCUUAAGAGAUAUAUUUUAUUUCAAUUGUGCAUGAGUUGCUUGAGUUAAGCUUAUCAAUAAUGUAAAUCUUGUUCCUCCUUUUAUUA